AUGACGCACAGACCCACUCUUAGCCUGCUGCUGCUGCUGCUGCUGGGCCUAUCGCAGGCCAGUGGAAAUGCGGUCCAUGAUGAGCCGGACCAUGUGUCCAUCACUUCAGCGAUCCUGGAGUCCAACAACGGAACCAAUGAGCUGCUGCUGGAAGGAGACAUUCUGGCUCCUAGAACCAGGAACGCCAUGAAGUGCUUUAGAAGCCAGUACAGCUGUCUCUGGAAGAAGUCAUCUGACGGCUUGGUGUAUGUGCCUUACAUCCUCAGCGUUGUAUAUUCCAGCUUGGAGGUAGAGACUAUUGAGACGGCCAUGAAGUACUUCCAUGGCAAGACCUGCAUCCGCUUCAUUCCACGUAAGACACAGACUGCCUACCUGGACAUUCAGAGCAGCGGCGGGUGUUUUGGUACCAUGGGGACUGUUGGGGACAGGCAGACAUUGUCUCUUGCACAGUUUGGCUGUGUUCAACAUGGUAUCAUCCAGCAUGAGCUGCUUCACUCCCUGGGCUUCCACCACGAGCACAACAGGAGUGACCGUGACCAGUAUAUCAGGAUCAACUGGCAAUACAUCUAUAACUACGCCGUCGAGAACUUCCAGAAGCAGGACACCAACAACCUGAAUACUGCAUACGACUACUCCUCUGUCAUGCACUAUGAUAGAACCGCUUACACUAACAACUACGGAAAGGAAACCAUCACUCCCAUCCCAGACCCAUCUGUGGCCAUCGGACAGAGACAGGGCAUGUCCAACAUUGAUGUCCUGAGGGUCAACAAGCUCUACCAAUGCUAA